GGGCCCAAAUGAGUGGCUGGAAAGGCGAGAUAACGAAUGAGCGAGCAGUCACCCUCGGCUAGGACGUUGCGGGCUGCGAUAAGCGGCCCGUCGGCUGUCCAUUUCGUGUGCCAGUCCUCGCUUUGUGCGCCGGUUUCUAGCUGUUGUCCGCAGCCGUCAUGGUGUGCUGCGUGGCGCUCGCCGUCGCCGCAGUGGGCGUCGCUGCGGCGAUCGCCUACUGGUUUCGCUACCACGCUGACGCCUGCUGGAGUCUCAUCUUUGCCGAACACUUCGGCACUUCGCCCGCCACCCUCAAACGUCAAGUGGCAUGGAUCACUGGCGCCGGCAGCGGUGUGGGCCGUGCCACGGCUCUCGAGCUCGCCUCGCACGGAGUCAAGGUCGUCCUCUCGGACUUGGACGAGCAAUCCAUCGAAGACGUCAAGUACACUCUCGUCGCGCAGGAACUGCUGGCUGAAAAAGACGUGUUGGUCCUCCCGAUGGACGUGACCAAGUUCGACGAGCACUCCAAGCUGUUCGAUAAGGUGCUCGAGAGGUUUGGUCGCCUCGACAUCCUCGUCAAUUGCGCGGGUCGCUCCCAGUCGGCCCGAUUCCAGGACAUCAGCAUGGAGGUCCACAAGGCUAUGUUUGACCUGAACGUGUUCAGCCACGUGCACCUGACUCAGACUGUGGUCCCGCACUGGCUGGAGCGGAGGAGUGGUCACGUGGUCGUGAUCAGCAGCGUUGCCUUCAAGAUCGCCCUGCCUGACUCGGCCACAUACAACGGAACGAAAGCUGCUUUGCACGGCUACUUUGAAGGGCUCUGGUCCGAGGUGUUCGACAAGGGCAUAAACGUCACCCUGGUCUGCCCGGGACCCGUGGCCACACCGAUUCGCCAGAAGUGCUUCAGCGACGUCCUGGGUAAGACCGAGAGCUUCAAGCCAGCGCCGCCGGGCAAGAGCAACAAAAUGGCGCCCACCCGCGCCGCGCAGCUCAUCGUGCUCGCGGUGGCCAACAAGCUCGAGGAGAUAUGGUUCGGUCCACCGCCGUUUGUCGUGUACGCCUACCUGGCCCAGUACUUCCCCACGAUCUUCAGGAGGUAUGUCGUGCCUUCGAUCUUCCAGAAGGACCACAUCGCAAAGCUGCGUGAUGGCUGAGUUGAAACAAAUAUUAGCGUUUCAAAGUUCUUUACUCGUCUUUUUCACGGCAAAGAUAGGAAAUGAAAUGAAACUCACCUCCGGAGCAUCUCGAUAAGAGUUCACCUCGUGCAACUAUGUAACGUUAUGUAAAUAAAAGAAAAGUUGCGUAAAACACAAAUAACGAA